GGCGGGGAAGGCGGCGGCAGCCUGGUCGCGCUGCCCGCGCACUGCCACUUCGCCCCCGCGCUCGGGUCUCGGGGCCGUGCUGGCAUUCCGGCCGCCAGGAAUUGUCGGGAAAGAAUGCAAAAGGUGUCCCAAGGCCCCUGACCAGUGAGCAAAAGAUUUGAGAAAGACAGCCAAGCUCAUGUUUUCUCCUGAUCAAGAAAAUCAUCCUUCCAAAGCACCAGUAAAAUAUGGUGAACUCAUUGUCUUAGGGUAUAAUGGGUCUCUCCCAAAUGGUGAUAGAGGAAGGAGGAAAAGUAGGUUUGCUUUGUUUAAAAGACCUAAGGCAAAUGGGGUGAAGCCCAGCACUGUGCAUAUCGCAUGUACUCCUCAGGCUGCAAAGGCAAUAAGUAACAAGGACCAGCAUAGCAUAUCAUACACUUUAUCUCGGGCCCAGACAGUGGUGGUCGAAUAUACUCAUGACAGUAACACGGAUAUGUUUCAGAUUGGUCGGUCGACUGAAAGUCCUAUUGAUUUCGUAGUAACUGACACAGUUCCUGGAAGUCAAAGUAAUUCUGAUACACAGUCAGUACAAAGUACCAUAUCAAGAUUUGCCUGUAGAAUCAUAUGUGAGCGGAACCCCCCUUUUACAGCACGGAUUUAUGCUGCAGGAUUUGAUUCAUCAAAAAAUAUCUUUCUUGGGGAGAAGGCUGCCAAAUGGAAGACAUCUGAUGGACAGAUGGAUGGCUUGACCACUAAUGGUGUACUUGUGAUGCAUCCACGCAAUGGAUUCACAGAAGACUCCAAGCCUGGAAUUUGGAGAGAAAUCUCAGUGUGUGGAAAUGUAUUCAGCCUGCGUGAAACCAGAUCAGCUCAGCAGAGAGGAAAAAUGGUGGAACUUGAAACCAAUCAGUUACAAGAUGGCUCAUUAAUUGACCUCUGUGGUGCAACAUUGCUGUGGCGUACUGCAGAAGGCCUUUCCCACACUCCUACUGUGAAGCAUUUAGAAGCUUUAAGACAGGAAAUCAAUGCAGCACGACCUCAGUGCCCUGUAGGGUUCAACACACUAGCCUUUCCUAGUAUGAAGAGGAAAGAUGUUGUAGAUGAAAAACAACCAUGGGUGUAUCUGAACUGCGGCCACGUACAUGGCUAUCAUAACUGGGGGAACAAAGAAGAACGUGACGGAAAAGAUCGUGAAUGUCCUAUGUGUAGGUCUGUUGGUCCCUAUGUCCCUCUGUGGCUUGGAUGUGAAGCUGGAUUUUAUGUGGACGCCGGCCCUCCAACCCAUGCGUUUAGCCCCUGUGGGCAUGUGUGUUCAGAAAAGACAACGGCCUAUUGGUCCCAGAUCCCGCUUCCUCACGGUACUCACACUUUUCAUGCAGCCUGUCCCUUUUGUGCACAUCAGUUGGCUGGGGAACAAGGCUACAUCAGACUUAUUUUCCAAGGACCUCUAGACUAACAGACAGUUGUCCUCCAGAACUACAUCAUAAAUUUAUAAGCUAAGCGAGUUGGGUUUUCCAACCUGUUGUACAUGUGACAGUUUCUCUGCUCUGGUUAUUUGCAUUAAUAUGAAGAAUUUUUUUAAACAUUUAUAAUAAAUAGUAGCAAUUUCUGAGCAAAAAUCGUGGGAAAUUGAAGCAAAGGAAUUUUUGAAAGUACCAGACUUCUGAAUUCUGAGUUUUGAAAAUAUAUUUUGAGGAGAAAAAGACAUAGUCUAAUUUGAUGCCUUCAUUUUAGUGUUUUUGAAUCACUCAUCCUCAGUGUUGAGAAAUUGUUUUGUAUAGCUGAGGGUACUGUUGGUUCAAACUAUGUUAGUUUACAGUUUGUUGCAGACAUUGUAAAAUACAGCAACGUGUAUAUUAACUUUUUUCUAUUUAUCUUUAUUAUAGAAAAUAUCUUAGAAUGUUCUUGAUAGAGUAGUAUGGUAAUGAUGGUAUCACACCCUUGGUGUGAAUGGUAGGUUAGUGAGCACAUAGCUCAAGGAUUUGCAGAGUUAAGGACAAGAGAGCCUCUCUCCCUAUCCACAUCUAAAUAUGGAAUUUGGUAAAUUAUAAUAAUUUGUAAAAGCAGAUUCAUAUUAAUUACCAUUGUCUAAGAGGUAUUUGUUUUUAACCACACUGAAGUUAAUCAGGAAGUUUUUUUCUUUAAUGUUUCUCUCAAGUGUAGUACUAUAACAAAAACUUAAUGCUAAGAAACAUUUUAUAUGCUCCUUUGAAUAUGCAAUUUAUUCUAGAUUCUAUUUUUCUCCCAUGAUAACUAAUCUGUUUUUAGUAUCAGCAACAUUUGGCAAGUUUAUUUUUUGGAUAUAAACUGUGGUUCAUCUGUUCACUGUUUCUA